UUCUCUGUGUCUUCUGUCUAUGCUUCGUCGCCGAUCUCGACCAGACUCCGUCUUACCUCCUCCUGCCAAACCCUAGAUUCCCGGAAGACGAAAUUCGAUUUUUUGCCGGAACUAAAUUAAGGAGACUUUGAAAGGCUGAGAAGAUGGGUACAACUACGACAACGAGCGCUGUGUAUAUCCAUGUUAUCGAGGAUGUCGUCAACAAAGUCCGUGAGGAGUUUAUUAACAACGGAGGUCCUGGCGAGAGUGUUCUCAGCGAGCUUCAAGGAAUUUGGGAGACGAAGAUGAUGCAAGCUGGAGUCUUGAAUGGACCAAUAGAGAGGUACAGAGAGUAUGAGACUCCCACUGCUGAAAUGCUCUUUCCUCCGACACCAUUGCAGACUCCCCUUCCAACGCCGCUUCCGGGUACUGCUGAUAACUCAUCCAUGUAUAACAUCCCUACCGGCUCAAGUGAUUAUCCAACUCCUGGAACUGAGAAUGGAGUCAACGUUGAUGUUAAAGGAAGACCCAGUCCUUAUAUGCCACCUCCUUCCCCGUGGGCAAAUCCUAGACUUGAUGUCAAUGUUGCUUAUGUGGAUGGCCGUGAUGAGCCUGAGAGAGGAAACUCUAAUCAGCAGUUUACGCAGGACUUAUUUGUUCCAUCCUCUGGGAAACGAAAACGUGAUGAUUCUUCUGCACAUUAUCAAAAUGGUGGAUCUAUACCUCAGCAGGAUGGUGCAAGCGAUACUAUCCCUAAGGCAAACUUUGAAUUUGAUGGGCCAAUGCCUGACCCGUAUGAUGAAAUGUUGUCCACACCAAAUAUAUACAGUUAUCAAGUACCCAAUGAAGACUUUAAUGAAGCCAGAACUCCUGCUCCAAACGAGAUCCAAACGAGCACGCCUGUUGCUGUACAAAACGAUAUCGUUGAAGAUGAUGAAGAGCUUUUGAACGAAGAUGACGAUGAUGACGAGUUGGACGACCUAGAAAGUGGUGAGGAUAUGAACACGCAACAUCUGGUUUUAGCUCAAUUUGAUAAGGUGACUCGCACAAAGAGCAGGUGGAAGUGCAAUCUGAAAGACGGGAUCAUGCAUAUAAAUGAUAAGGACAUUCUCUUCAACAAAGCAACAGGCGAGUUCGACUUCUGAUCUUGAAACUAGCGCAAUGCUUCUAGAAAAGUCACAGUCCUUCAAAUGUCGGAUGUCUUUCUUUCUACCUUAUGAUUUAGACCGACCUCCGAGAGAGAGACAUGAUUAUUUAUGUCAAAGUGUACUCUGGUUGGCUUGUUGUACAAAAAGAACAGAUUUUUCUGACCGAAGAAGGCUUAUCAACUUUGACUUGUUUCAUGAGUUUCUAUCCUCUUUCAGACAACGGAAUUUAACUUUUCAAA